AAACCGACGUCCACUCCUGCAGGCGGUCAUCCUCUCUUGAAUGCUGGAAGAAUACUAGUUUAUCCAAACGGACACGAAUGUCAUAAAUGUCAUAACAUUGGGUAUAAAAACUUGGAUCCCGGUCACCCAUGUAGAAAGUGUUGGCAAAAAUACGGGAAACCAUACUCCGGACCCUACCUUCAGACAGAUUGGAAGAACCCACCUCCAAACUAUCAACGCCCUCUACCGAAAUUUACAUCUUCAUCUCAAACUUCAUCUCAAGCUCCACUGCAAUCACAAUCCCAAUGGAUGCCUAAUCCAGCACUUCAAGCUCGAAACUCCCAGUACGCUCCUCAAAGUUUUGGCCCUCAUCCAAACAGACCGACGACGACGUUUAUGUCUGGAGGACAGCCUCCACCUGGUGCGUUGGUUGUUGGACCUGGCGAUCCUAGGAUCGGUGGAACGUUGUGCAGUGCGUGUGACGGGGAGGGGUAUUUGAGGGGAUUUCUCUUCUUUGAUAACGAGACUUGUUGGAGGUGUAACGGGGUAGGGAGGGUUUUUUGAGGUGGCUUGGGCGCUAUCGGUGGAGGAAUGAAGGAAGGUGCGUAUGAUGAAUACCUGGACUCUUGUGCCCAUCUUGUGAUUGCUGUGGUUAUUGUAGAUGGCAUAUACAAUGCACGGACGUGGGGUAACUUACGAUAUUCAUGGCUAUUUUAUCUCAGCGAUAUCGCCCUGAGUGGCGGGAUUGCUAGGAGCUGUAGAGUUUAU